UCGAAAGAGGGCGGAGCCGGUGCGUAAGCCCUUCGGUCCGGGCGGCCCCGCGUUCCGCGUCUCAUUGGUUCCAAAUUUCGCCGCCUUCACGUACCCACUACGCUGUGUAGUUAGAGCCACGGGCUCAGUCUUCCUCUCCCGAAAAAGGAGACCUACCGUACUUGUUUUUUUUUUUCUCCUGCACGUGAAGGGCGAGUUCCACUUGCUGAUCGAAUAAAGUCAGGUUUUGAUAUUUCUCCACUGCUACCUGUUGAGCUCAGAAGUUUUUAAACUCUUGGCAGAGAAAACUGAAUCCAAUCAAGAACCUUUAGACAGUAAUGCCAGUUCAAUCAGAGAUCCAGAAAUUCCAGUGUCAAUUAAGUGGAAAGAUGGACCCUCAUUCUAUCUGCUUGGGAAACAGUCCUUAUUAAUAGCAACACUGACAGAACCUGAGGUUUGGAGAUGUACUAAUGGCUUUCAGCCUGUGUUGGAAAGCUCCCAGGAGCCCAUGGAGUUUCCUGCAGGCUGUGAACAAUGGGUCUCCCCUGUUUCUCUGGAGGACAGUGGGGAGCUGUUUGGAUCCUAAGAUGAAAGCCUACCUGGAAGAGAACACUGAAGUCACCAGCAGUGGUAGCCUUACCCCGGAAAUCCAGUUACGGCUUUUAACCCCCAGGUGCAAGUUUUGGUGGGAAAGGGCUGACCUGUGGCCCUACAGUGAUCCCUACUGGGCUAUUUACUGGCCAGGAGGCCAGGCUCUGUCUAGGUAUGUUUCAUUGAAAUAUCGAAAAUCCUUCCUUUAUGCACCCAUCCCCACCUCCAUUUCAUUCUCUCUGGCCCCAUAUCAUAGCAGCAGAACCAGAAAGCCGCUGAGGCCCAUGCAAGUCCCAACUUUUAUAUGGUUUGGAUUGCCAUCCUUCUGGUGAAGUAGAAGAGGAUUUGUCUUGUGGGACAACAAAGUCAUCUCCAAAAAGAUGGCAUAUAGUUACCCAUGAUAGCAGGACCCUGUAAUCCUGUCACUUAGAGGCUGAGGCAUGAGCCUAGGAGUUCGAAGCUAUCCUGAGAUACGGAACAAUGCUUUCUUAAAACAUUUAAAUAGUCUCUUGUGCUCACAUACUUGACUUUGGCACUGCCACAGAGAGGAAGACAGAUGUCGAGGCCUCUUGAGUCUGGGUUUUUAGCUGAGACUAAGUGAGAAGACAGGGAUUGUCAACAAAACAGAGAGGGCUGCACUACAUCCAGAACUGGUCACUGUUAAUUUAGCUUGGCUUCAUGACAAUCAUAGAUGUGGAUAUCUUCGUAACAAAAUAGUUCUCUUCACACCUGCCCUGGGCAACCUUUGCUGUCAACUCCAAUGAAUCUGGAGUUACCCUCAAGACACACCUCUUGGCAUCUCUAUGAGAUAGAGUGCUUUUCUUAUGUUUUCUAUUGCUGUAAUAAAAACAUAACCAAAAGCAACUUGGGAAAGAAAAUGUUUAUUUCAUUUUACACUUCUAGGUCAAAGGAAUCUAUCAUCAGGAAAGUCAGGGCAGGAACUCUAGGCAGGAACCUAGAGGCAGGAAAUAAAGCAUAGUCCAUGGAGGAGCCCUGCUUACUGGCUUACUUCUUGAAGCUUGCUCAGUCUGCUUUCUUAACACCAUACAAGAUUACCUGUCUGGCACAUUGCCCCCAAUAGGCUGGGCCCUCACAAAUCAAUCAUUAAACAACAAAAAGAGUCUCUUAGGCUUGCUCAUAGGCCACUCUGGUAGAGUCAUUUUCUCAACUGAGUGUCCUCUUUCGCACUUGCCUUUAGCUAGUGUCAAGUUGACAAACUAGCCAGGAAAGGAUAUUUUCAAAGAUCUUUAACUGAGGAGGGAAAGCCCACCUUGAAGUGGGUGACACUUCUAAUUGGAUUGCACUCUGAAUACAAGAAGGAGAAAGCUAGCUGAAUCGUAGAAUCCCUUUUCUUCAUAGUUUGUCCCGAGAGCAUCUUUUUUUUUUUUUUUUAAGACUUAUUUAUUUUUAUUUAUAUGAGUACACUUAGCUGUCUUCAGACACAUACCAGAAGAGGGCAUCAGAUCCCCUUACAGAUGGUUGUGAGCCACCAUGUGGUUGCUGGGAAUUGAAUUCAGGACCUCUGGAAAAGUAGUCAGUGCUCUUAACCGCUGAGCCAUCUCUCCAGCCCGAGCAUCAGUCUUAUACUCUUGCUGCCACAGGUCCCUACUGCCAUCCACAAUGAUAGAUUGCAUCUUCAAACUGUGAUCCCUCAAAAUAAACUCUACUUCCCUUAAAAGUUUCUUGUCAAGUAUUUGUUUACAGCAAUGAGUCAUAUUCCCCCCACCCUCAGGGUCUUACUAUAUAGCCCUGGCUGUCCUAGAACUCACAGAGAUCCACCUGCCUCUGCUUCCUGUAUGCCACUAUUGCCCAGCUUCCAACCUUUUUUUUUUUUUUUUUUUGACUUACCUAUUUUGUGUCUGAGUGUUUUGCCUGAAUGUUAUAUCUGCACUUCAUGUGUGUGCCUGGUGCCCAUGAAAGUCAGAUAAAGGCAUCUGAUCCUCUGGAACUUGAACUUGAAUCUUCUGCAAGAGUACCAAGUGCUCUUAACCACUGAGCCAAUUCUCCAUCACUGAGCUAACUCUCCAGCCUUCCUACUAACUUUUGUAACACAUACCUUGACCCAAACUCUUGUUUUUAUAGCAGUUUGGUCAUUGCUUUGUUGCAUAGUUUUAUUGCCAUACACGAACUUAAGGCAUAACCACAGAUUAAGAUUCCACCCCUCAAGAAACUCUAGUAUGAGCUAUUAAAGAACCUACAUGGUCAUAAAAGAUCCAUGUCUUACUUUGUGCUCAGAUUCAUGUGCAUAUCAACAAUUAGUACAGAGUUCCUUGAUGGAUCCUAAAGACCCAGCCCUUCAAAGACCCUGCUUUAUUACUAUAAAUGCUGCCUGCUUGUAGCAUUGGCUCUUCAGCACACAGAAGCUGAUCACUUGGGAUUUUCUCUUUGGCGGCUCAUUUUAGGUGGGUCCUGCAUUUGAUUCAAUUUAGCAUCAUCCAUCUUGUUUUUUCAUAUAGUUGCAACUAUACUUUUUGUUAGGAAACAGUAGCAGAAACAAAGGCAAACACUUUUAGUAUGUCCAUCUCUUUGCUUUAGCGUUUAUCUUGAUUUCAUCUGAUUGUCUUAAGGAUGUAGAGCUGUCAGACAAAAGGUCUUCUAUUUUCCAGGAAUAGUAUUGUUACUGCUACAGGCCAGGUAGGUUCUCUACCAUCAGAAAAAGGUUAUAUUUAGUUGCUUUGUGUGUGGAAGUACAGGUAUACUGUGGUGUGCAUGUGAAGGUCGAGAGGACAACUUGCAUGAAUUGUUUUUUUUUCUACACUAUGUUGAACUCAGUUCACCAGACUUCCAAGCAAGCACAUUUAUCUACUAAACCAUCUUGCCUGUUUUUGUUUUAAUGCUUCUUACUCUCAUUUUCCAUACCUCAGCUGUUUCCUCCUUCCUAAUUUAGGUAUCUUUUGGAUAACCCUGCUGUUGUUAGAGGAAAGUCUGUCUUAGAUCUUGGGAGUGGAUGUGGAGCUACAGCCAUUGCUGCCAAGAUGAGUGGAGCAUCAAAGAUCUUGGCCAACGACAUAGACCCCAUUGCAGGAAUGGCGAUUACACUAAAUUGCAAAUUAAAUGGACUGAAUCCUUUUCCUGUUUUAACUAAAAACAUUUUGAAUACCCAACAAGGUAAGUUUGAUCUCAUUGUUCUUGGAGAUAUGUUUUAUGAUGAAGACCUUGCAGACAGUCUUCAUCUGUGGCUGCAGAACUACUUUUGGACCCAUGGAACCCGAGUACUGAUUGGUGACCCUGGGAGGCCCCAGUUCAGUGGACAUAGCAUUCGGCAUCAACUGUACCAACUAGUAGAAUACACACUUCCAGAGCCAACUCAGCAAGAGAACAAUGGACUGACCACAAGUGCUGUAUGGGAUUUUCAUCCCUGAUUUGUUAAAGUGCUUUCAAGUAUGAAUAUAGUUCUGUUUGUGUUAAGUUCUAAAAAUAUCCUCUGUAGGAGGUAUUCAACAGUUUAAAGAAUGCAAUUCAGUGGCUUGUGGUGGAUUGGGCCUUGAAUACUACCACUUGGGAGGCUGAAGUAGGCGCAUCUCUGUGACUUUGAGGACAGCUUGGUCUAUAGUGAGUUCAAGGACAGCCAGAGCUAUAUAGUAAGACCCUGUUCCAAAAAUAGAUAGAUAGAUAAUAAAGUAAAUUUCUUCAUUCCUUUGCUGUGACACCUUGAAUAACUGUAUGGUUUAUUAAAGUUAGUUAUGGUUAUGUUCCCAUUUCACAUACCAAGGUGUCAGGAUUUUAUAACAAAGCACUCUAUCAUAUACAAUUGCAUAUGUAGAAGGUAUAUUUAUAUAUGUAUGUAUGUAUGGAUGUAAUAUAUAUAAUUUGCUUCAGUAUUAAUAAAAUAUCUCUGGAAAGAUAAA